AUGAAGAGUUUCUGCGACGAAAUCCGCAAUAUGGUACUCUUCCACCGCGGUCUCAACGCCCUUUUCAGUAUCCUGUCCAGCAAACUCGUCGUCCGCAGCCGUAUGGUCGCCCUAGAAUUCCUCAUAGAAUUCGUCGUCCUCGUUGAUGUGAGAUUGCGACCAAUGGACGAUUUGACGAUUUUUUCACUGUGGUGGAAGAUGAUCAAAUUUUUGGGUUUUUGUACAGCUUUAUUCCAUUGAAUGUACAAAAAAGUGACUACAGCCAACACUUCAUUUUUGA